AUGUUCGCCCGCAGUGCCGCCCGCAAGCUCGCCGCCCGCCAGUUCUCCACGUCGGCUGCGCGCAACAUCAAUGUCACCGUCCUUGGCGCUGGCGGCGGUAUCGGCCAGCCGCUCUCCCUCCUCCUCAAGCUCGACCCCCACGUCACGAAGCUCAACCUCUACGAUAUCCGCGGUGCACCUGGUGUCGCCGCAGAUGUGAGCCACAUUGACACCGCCAGUGAGGUCGAGGGCUUCGAGGCCGACAAGCUCGAGGAGGCUCUCGAGGGCGCGGAGGUCAUCGUUGUCCCCGCUGGUGUUCCCCGUAAGCCUGGCAUGUCCCGUGAUGACCUCUUCAGCACGAACGCUUCCGUCAUCCGCGACCUCGCGACCGCUGCCGCCAAGGUUGCGCCCAAGGCGCACCUCUGCAUCAUCACCAACCCCGUCAACUCCAUGGUCCCGAUCGCCUCGCGCGUGUACGACAGGGCGGGUGUGUACGACCCGAAGCGCAUCUUCGGUGUCUCGACGCUCGACGUCGUCCGUGCGUCGCGCUUCCUCGCGGGCAUCGUCGGCGGGGACCCCGCGGACACGCCCGUGACCGUCAUCGGCGGACACAGCGGCGAGACGAUCGUGCCUCUCUUCUCGCAGACGCCUGCGGCGAAGCGCAUCACCGGUGAGGCGUACAAGAAGCUCGUGCACCGCGUGCAGUUCGGUGGGGACGAGGUCGUCCAGGCCAAGGCCGGUGCGGGCUCGGCCACUCUCUCGAUGGCGUACGCCGGUGCGAAGUUCACGAACGCGCUCUUACGCGGUAUCGCGGGCGAGAAGGGCGUCAUCACCCCCUCGUAUGUCCGCAGCCCGCUCUACGAGAAUGAGGGCAUCGAGUUCUUCGCGUCCAACGUCGAGCUUGGCCCCAACGGUGCUGAGAAGAUCUACCCUCUCGGCCAGCUCACCGCUGAGGAGGAGGAGUACCUCAAGGCCUGCAAGGAUGGUCUCAAGAAGAACAUCCAGAAGGGCUUCGCGUUCCUCGAUUAG